CAGCUAACUGAGGAGCAGCUAUGACUUUAACAGCAACAGUGACUGGAUUCUUUCUCCUACUUCUGUCUGUGGAAGUGAUUCAGGGGCAGCAUUCGUCAGGAGUGAAAUGCUCCCCUCCUGCAGUCUGUGCCUUAAAAGGAUCAUCAGUGGAACUAAACUGCUCCUACACGGAUCCAUUCACAGGCACAAACACAUUUAAGAGAAUGUACUGGUUUACUGAAGAGCAGGAUGGAACACCUGUAGAUCUCAGGACAGACCCACAGUACGAAGGUCGUGUGUCGUUCACUGGUGCUCCUGGGCACGUCACUUUGAGAAUCACAGACCUGAGAGAGAGCGACUCAGCUGUGUACAACAUCAUGGUGGAGGCAGAGGAGCCAGGUGUACUUUUUACCAUUGAUCCUGGAGUCUAUUUCUCUGUUACAGAUCUGCAGGUUCAGGUGCGCAGAGAUCAGUAUGGUAAUGAGCCGGUUCUGAUAUGUGAGAACAGUUGUCGUUGGACUUCACUGUCCUACAUCUGGUACAAAAAUGGAGAAGCAGUUCACACAGAAUCAUAUCAUUAUCCAGAGGACUUUGAUUAUGGAGACAAUAUUUCCUGUGCUGUAAAAGGACAUGAGGACUUCCCCUCUCCUCCAUUCUUGAUUCAGGACCAGGUUUCAUGGGAAGUGAAAUGCACCGCUGACAUCUGUGCUGUAAAAGGAUCAACAGUGGAUCUAACCUGUUCGUACUAUGAUGUUUCCACAAGACGUGGCCUCAUAAACAGAGUUAAGGAAAUGUACUGGUUUACUAAAGAUCAGGAUGGAGAACCAGUAAUACCGUGGACAGACCCACAGUACAAAGGUCGUGUGUCAGUCAUGGGUGUUCCUGGGCGUAUCACUUUGAGAAUCACAGACCUGAGAGAGAGCAACUCGGACGUGUACUACUUCAGAUUGGAGACAGAGCAGCCAGGUGGAAUAUAUACCAGUGAUCCUGGAGUCUCUUUGUCUGUCACAGAUCCAGAUCUGCAGGUUCAGGUGAGACGACCUGAUCCUCAUGGCCAGGUGUAUCUGAUGUGUCAAAGCAGUUGUCUUCUUCCUCAACAUUCCUCCUACAUCUGGUACAAAAGUGGAGAGGAAAUUCAGUCAGAAACGUCUUCUUCAUAUAAUUUGAAGGACUUUACUCGUGAAGAGAGCUAUUCCUGUGCUUUAGAAGGACACAAGGAUUCCUCUUCUUAUUUUGUCUGUGUCUUGGGUUCAUCAUGCAACAGAGUGUUGCACACUGAAAGAAAAAUCUGUGCUCCCAAAGGCUCAUCAGUGAAUAUCUCUUCUAACUACAACAGUUAUGAGAAUAUCACUUCCAAAUUCUGGUUCAGUCCUGCACUUAGUCUCCAUUGGAAAAAUCCCAUACUACCUGAGGACCUAAAUGAAGACUCCCAGUUUGCAGAUCGUGUUCAGGUCUUUGAAACAGAGAGAGGUCGCUCCACUUUAAGAAUCACUGAUCUGAGAGAGAGUGACUCAGCAGAAUACCGUUUCAAAUUCAAGACACAGAGUUUUGAAUGGACAAGCAGUCUACCUGCCACAACGCUGACUGUCGCAGCUUUACAGGUGAGGGUGACAAGAAUAUUAGUCAACCAGUCUUCUACCUACGCAGACCUGGAGUGUCACAGCAGCUGCAUCCCAGCUCGUGGUUUUUCCUUCACCUGGUUCAGGAACGGAGAGACAAAUAGUUCCUGGCCAGAGACGACUUUCUAUAAAGGCUGGAUUUCUCUUGAAGAAGAAAUCUCCUGUGCUUUCAGAGGACAUGAACAGUUUCCCUCUCCACCAGUCUAUGCUCCAAAGGUUCCCUCAGUGCUGGUGACUUCCUCUGGUGAGAUUCUGGAGAAUAGUUCAGUGACUCUGACCUGUAGCAGUGAUGCUAACCCAGAGGCUAACUACGCCUGGUACAAGAAAAAUGGAGAUCAAGACGUCCAGCCACUCAGUAACACGUCACAACUUGUCUUCAGCUCCUUCCAGUCCUCUGACUCUGGAGAGUAUUACUGUGUAGCUGAGAACGUCCUCGGGAAGAGAACAUCCAAGCUCCUCUUUGUUGAUAUGAAGUAUAAAUCAACGAUGGUAAUAAAUGCCAUCAGGUUGGCUCUAAUGGCUGUGAUCCCGAUUCCUCUACUCCUUUUUAGUCUGUGGAUGAGUCAUUGCAGAAAAAAGACGACUCUGAGCUCCACCCCUGAACCAAACGAACCUGAAGGAACUGCAGAGGUCAGAGAGAUAUUGGGCCACACUUACAAUCACUUGAUGUUAUAAUUUGUUGGUUAAAUAAAGUUGCACUCAUUGUGACGUUAAAGACAUGUUCUCACUCUCACCUCUUCAAAAUGGCAGCUCAGCAUGUGGUCAAAAUAGAAAAAACAAGGCUGACGCUUUAACACGGUUAUGUUUGCAAAACAACAGUUUAGUAUUUACAGAUUCUACAUUACAAUGUAGGAGCUUUACUCAGUGGUCUGGAUUUGUUUUUAAUAUGUUUAAUAGUCUGAGUAGUAUUGACCAAUCAGAUGUCAGCAGGCUUGGGUGUCUGCAGAAAAAACUGUUUGUAUGGAGAGCAAAAGCAGGAGAAACAAAUCUCAAAUCUGUUUUUCUUCAAAGCCCAAAAACCUUCAUCAGUCUCAUGUCUCUAGAUUUCCUCCAUCUUAACCCUGACAAAACUGAAGUACUGUUGAGGGACCAGACCCCUUCAGCACGACUGUUCAACAGGUUCAUUGGUCCAACCAAAUAUUAAACCAACUGCUAAACAUCUAGGUAUCAUCUUUGACCAACAUAUGACCUUUGACCAUCAGAUCAUUUAAGUUGUUCAAUCUGGUUCCCUGCAGAUAUUAAAUAUUGUAAAUAUCAGAUCAACGCGCUCUUUUAUGGAUUCCCUCAGGAACUGGGUGAAUGGUAGGAUGUGCAGGUAUGAUAUAUAUGUAGUUUAGGAUGUGCAGGUAUGAUAUAUAUGUAGUUUAGGAUGUGCAGGUAUGUUAUAUAUGUAGUUUAGGAUUUCCAGGUAUGAUAUAUAUGUAGUUUAGGAUGUGCAGGUAUGAUAUAUAUGUAGUUUAGGAUGUGCAGGUAUGAUAUAUAUGUAGUUUAGGAUGUGCAGGUAUGAUAUAUAUGUAGUUUAGGAUGUGCAGGUAUGAUAUAUAUGUAGUUUAGGAUGUGCAGGUAUGAUAUAUAUGUAGUUUAGGAUGUGCAGGUUUAAGGUGCUGUGUCCACUAAUGCCUAUUUUUUAUUCAAACCAAAUUUAAAUCAGCGUACAAUUUCCAAGUCUAGAGCUGCUGCCAAUGCAAUGAUAACACAAUGUCUGUUAAUAGUUUUCACAGUUUCUUGUUAAGAUUUCAUGAAGUGAAAUCAAAUAUGAAGCAUAAUGAGCAUUUUAAAACAGACCUAACGGUCUCUACUAGAGGAAGCAGAAGUGCCACUGGGCAACUUUCACAACCUAACAACAGCAAAUGCUGUUGAGAAGCGUUCUGAAAUUGAGGUUGUGAGCGCAGCCUGCUCAAAGAAAAAACACCUUAGUGGACACGGGUCCUGAAAUUGCAUCUUGGGAGUGUAGGGUUUCUAGAGGGGUAAUAGGGCACUGUGAGCUCUUUAAGAUACGUAGGUGUCUGACCUUUAAGGGCUU